GAGAGAGAGAGAGAGCGCGAGAGACACCGAGAGAGAGAGAGAGAGAGAGAGCGCGAGAGACACCGAGAGAGAGAGAGAGAGAGAGAGCGCAAGAGACACCGAGAGAGAGAGAGCCGCGAGCGCGAGAGACACCGCGAGCAUUUAUGA